CUCCGUUUAACCUCGGAACAGCGAUUCGAGGCGACUCGACACAACCGCUCGCGCUCUCUCUGUCUCUCUCUCCUCGCCCCCUCCUCUUCCUCCUCCUCCUCCUCCCUCCCUCCCUCCUCUUCCUACCUGAUUCAGAUCCGCUCCGACGCUAUGCGUGUGACCGCGUCUCUCUCUGCAAGGCGAGCACCACCGGAGAGACCCGCACGCUGCCGCUGCUGACCGCCGGCUGACAAGCGACCCAGGCCGGGCAACAGGAGCGGGGAGACGCCGCCGCUGAUUGACCUCCGCCGGAGGAGAAGGCGGAACAAAUUAACGGGCAAAGAUUUGGCCCUGGAUAAAGAGAUCGGCAAGAGGACGAGUGUGGCGUCCCGGAGCCUGCUGUCCCAUUCGUCACCCUCUCCUCUCUUCCUCUACUUAGCCAAGCUUUCACCUCGCCAAACUCCACACCUCCAUCUUCCAUCUCUCCCACUUCUCCUCUUUUAUUCAGAAGUCCUCGUCGUCUUUUGCUGCCGGCAAACUUUGCAGCCAUUUCCACAUCUGUGUCUUCUCACUUUCUCUGUCCUUCUUCCCAUCUCGCUGGUCUCUUCCCUAUCUCUCUCUCCCUUCCUUCGCUUUCGACUGUGAGCUUUUCAUGGCUUCUAAGCUAAACCCCAACGUCCUGUAUGUGGCGGAGCACGGCGAGUCGCUGGGGUCGCCCCAAGCGGACUCUGAAAGGACUCAUAUUGCUGGGGAAGCUGGAGAAGAGUCGUCAGACAGCGAGGGGGAACAAGAAGAGACAUCGCACAAGUUGAUCCGCAAGGUGUCCACCUCGGGACAGAUUAGGGCCAAGAAAAGUGUGAAGGAGGGAAUCCUGUUAAAGCAGACCAGUUCCUUUCAGAGGUGGAAGAGGAGGUACUUCAAACUCAGAGGGAGGACCCUCUACUAUGCCAAAGACUGCAAGUCUCUGAUUUUUGAUGAAGUGGACCUAUCAGACGCCAGUGUGGCCGAGACCAGCACCAAGAACAUCAACAACAGCUUCACGGUGAUCACUCCAUUUCGCAAACUUAUGUUAUGUGCCGAGAGCAGGAAGGAAAUGGAGGACUGGAUCAGCGCUCUCAAAUCCGUCCAAAAAUGGGAAACCUAUGAGGCCAGCCAAUUCAACAUGGAGCAUUUCUCUGGGAUGCACAACUGGUACGCCUGCUCGCACGCCAGACCGACCUUCUGCAACGUCUGCAGAGAGGCUCUGCCAGGCGUCACCUCCCACGGCCUGUCCUGUGAAGUUUGUAAGUUCAAGGCUCAUAAGCGCUGUGCAGUUCGCUCCACCAACAACUGCAAAUGGACCACACUGGCCUCCAUAGGAAAUGACAUUGUUGAGGAUGAGGACGGGGUGUUCAUGCCGCACCAGUGGCUGGAAGGUAACCUGCCGGUCAGUGCCAAAUGUGUGGUGUGUGACAGGAACUGUGGCAGUGUGCGGCGGCUGCAGGACUGGCGCUGCCUCUGGUGCAAAGCCAUCGUCCACAACAGCUGUAAAGAACAAAUGGGGAAGGUGUGUCCCUUGGGUCAAUAUCGAGUGUCAAUCAUCCCUCCCACUGCACUUAACAGCAUCGACUCGGAUGGCUUCUGGAAGGCCGCCUCAGCGUCGUGCACCAGUCCUCUCCUGGUCCUGGUGAACUCCAAAAGUGGAGACAACCAGGGGGUGAAGUUCCUCCGCAAGUUCAAGCAGCUUCUCAACCCGGCGCAAGUCUUUGACCUGAUGAACGGAGGACCAGAGCUCGGCCUACGCCUUUUCCAGAAGUUUGUGACGUUUCGUAUCCUGGUGUGCGGAGGAGACGGCAGCGUGGGCUGGGUGCUCUCAGAGCUGGAUAAACUCAACCUCCAUAAACAGUGCCAGCUCGGUGUGCUGCCUCUGGGCACAGGUAACGACCUGGCUCGUGUUCUGGGCUGGGGAGGCCUCUGUGACGAUGACGCUCAGCUGCUGCAGAUCCUGGAGAAGCUGGAGAGAGCCACCACCAAAAUGCUGGACCGAUGGAGUGUGAUGACGUACGAGGUGCCCACAACCACUAAACGCACGCCAAUAGUGAAAGAAGACGACUGCCUUGAUUAUCCUCUGCAGACCCACAUCACUCAGUAUGCUGACUCCGUGGCCUCCCACCUCGCCAAGAUCCUGGACUCGGACAAGCACAGUGACGUCAUUUCCUCUGCCAAGUUUCUGUGUGGGACGGUGAAUGAUUUUGUGGCGGAGGUGGGGAAGGCGUACGAGAGAGCCACAGAGAACAAGGAGGAGGCAGAUGCGAUGGCCAAGAAGUGUGCAUUGCUGAACGAGAAGCUCGAUUCCCUCGUCAAGGCCUUAAGUGAGGAAGCAGAGGCCCAGGUGGUGCCAGCUGGUUCGGUGCCCAGCCAGGAGAGUGGCGGCUCCAGCCCCAGCGAAAGUGGCGGCGAGUCGGGUUCAGAGGGUAAAACGUACCGGUCCAAGGAGCAGCUGAUGCUCAGGGCCAACAGCCUGAAGAAAGCCCUGAGGCAGAUCAUCGAGCAGGCCGAGAAAGUGGUGGACGAGCAGAACCGACACACGCAGGUCCAGAGGAUGUCAUCCUCGUCCUCCAUCAAAAGAGAAAACAGCGAGGACCUGAAGGAUGCUGAGCCGCGCCAAGGAAGCUUAAGCCCCACCUCCCCCAUUGUCCUUGAGAAACCAGAGAGCCUCAACACUGUCGCCUACAGCGAGGAGUCUGUGCAAUGUUCAGAGAAGUGUGUGAUGAACAACUACUUCGGCAUCGGCCUGGACGCCAAGAUUUCCCUCGAGUUCAACAACAAGAGAGACGAGCACCCAAAGAAAUGCAGCAGUCGCACCAAGAACAUGAUGUGGUACGGAGUGCUGGGGACUAAAGAGCUGGUCCAGAAGACGUACAAGAACCUGGAGCAGAGAGUUCAGCUGGAGUGUGACGGUGUUCCCAUGUCUCUGCCAAGUCUGCAGGGCUUAGCUGUGCUCAAUAUCUCAAGCUACGCAGGCGGUAUCAACUUCUGGGGAGGCACCAAGGAGGAUAAUAACUUUGGUGCUCCAUCAUUUGACGAUAAGAAGUUGGAGGUGGUGGCGGUGUUUGGCAGCAUGCAGAUGGCCAUGUCCAGAGUCAUCAACCUGCAGCACCACCGCAUUGCACAGUGCCGCCAGGUGAGGAUCACCAUCCUCGGGGAGGAGGGGGUUCCCGUGCAGGUGGACGGAGAGGCGUGGAUCCAGCCGCCUGGCAUCGUCAAGAUCGUCCAUAAGAACCGAGCGCAGAUGCUCACCAGAGACAGAGCGUUCGAGAGCACGCUGAAGUCGUGGGAGGACAAGAGAAAGAUCGACAGCUACCGCGACACCAGGCCCCGCCUUAACUCUCAGCAGUCCAUGGAGUACCUGACUGAGGAGGAGUGCGCUCAGGUGCAGCAGCUGGGCAUCGUGGCCGACACCCUCCUCCCCAGGAUCCGUGAGGCAGCCAAAACCCACAAGCUGGUGGAGCAGGAGCUGGCUCACGCUGUCAACGCCACGGCCCUGGUGCUCACGGAGGCCAAACUGUCCAGCCCUGAGUGUCUAAGUCGCACCACGGCGGUGGAAAUCGUCAACAGCAGUAAAGUUCUCCAGGCCGAGACCAGCAUGCUGCUUGAUGGAAAACUACUGUCAGAGUCUCCAGAGGAAGAGGAGCUUCGGUCAACUCUGAACAGCCUCAGUGCCGAGCUCCACAAGCUGGAUGACAUCCACUGGAUCUGUCCACUCAUGCAGUGCUCCGAGGAGGACUCGGUGAGGGGCAGCAGUAAGAGCAGCAGCAGCAUAAAGCUGAAGAUAAUACCCAAGGUGAAGAAGGAGAGAGAGAAACUCCACAAGCAGAAGUCCAACAGCUCUCUCUCAGGAAAUUGGGAUAUCAAAAGUGGGGCUGGUGAAGUAGAUUCGUCUGGCAACUGAAAUCCUGCAUGAGGUGCUUUAUUACUGCCCCCUGCUACCCUGAGAACCAGGGGUGAGGAGCACCCCUCCUGUUCUCCUCCCCUCUAAUCGCGAUACCUAGUGGCCUGACAGAGGUGUGAGGAAGAAAAGGAAAACCAUCUUCCCAACUUUUAUGCUAAUUCCUCCCUGUUUAACUUCUUUACCCUCCAUUUUUGCAGGGAGGAGUUUUCUUUGUUCUAUUUCUUCUUUUAUUUCUUCUUUUAUUUUUUGAAGGGGCCUGGCUUUGCAUCGCAUUGCUUCUCCAUUGGCGUUCUGCUUUUGGCUCUGCUUGAAUUAGGAAGUUGUCGUGGCCAGCAGCGAAUCAAACAGGAAGUGGGAGGCGUGAAACAUUUGCACGUUCUCGCAAAUGCUAUUUUUUUGAGAAAGAAUUGUGUUUACGUGGUGCUCUCCUUGCAUGUCGAGUGCAGCUAUCUUAUUUUAUAUUUAUCAUACGUUGUUACAGUCUUUUAAUUCUCUUCUCUUCUUUAUUUCUCAACUUAUGAAUAGCCUUUAGACUUUGAUUUAUCUUGAGACUUUUGAAGAGUAUUUAUUUCUUGUUGCUACUGCCAUGAGAACUCAAACGGCAACAAAUCAACAAAAAUGAACAAACUGAAACAUCUCAAACUUCAUCUACUGAACUGGAGAAUAUCUUAAAUGUUGCAAAAAAUGUAAGGAGGAAUGUACUUGUGUGGACUUGUAUUAUCCUGUGAAUGAUAAUGUGUAAUGAUAAAUCAUAUAAGAUUUGACAAAGGUUCUGCUGUUGUGGUUCUAAAGUGGUUCUUAAUAGGCUGUUGUCUGACUUGUGUUAACCAAGGCUAUGCAGUCACGCUGCAAAAAUAAUGUUCUUUAUGAUGAGUCAUUUCAUCUGGAAUCCAGCCUUACGGAAACAUCCGACUCUGGGAUUUAAGUAUACAUCACUCAGUUAUUAUCAAGGUCUAAAAUGUGACUUCUGUGGGAGUCAAAACAUCUAAUACACUCAGUACACAGUUUUUCACUUGUUUUAAGAACCAUUUUGAGGUACAGUACCAGAUGAAAUGACUCCAUAAGUCAGUUUUUUUUGGCAGUAUAUGGUGGAGGUGUUUACAGAAGGAGGAAGCAUCAAGGAUACAUUAACAAAACAUUACAGCUACUCAGUAUAUUACUCCUACUUUGCCAUACUCCUGAUUGUAUAUGUAAUAUAAGAAUAAGAGUCAGUCGAUAUUUGAUUUUGCCUUGUCCGUGGUUAAAAGCUAUUAUUAUUAUUACAAAUAUAUAUAUUUUUUUGUAUAUCUUAUUUUCCCAAUGGUAAUCUGUGAAGCUGUCCUGGGUUUGCUGCUUCCCCCUUUGACAAACUCCUUGGCCACUGUGCAUAUAAUCGAAGCCAAUUAAUGCUGUCCUGUGUGUCCCUGCAUGCAUACUUAGCCUUCCUUCGCCUCACAGUGACUGCAGAAGUUGCCUCAAAAUAGCAAAUUUUAGCUUGAUUGUUUUGUUUUAACCUACUUUCUGCACCAGAUGGUCUGAGUUUUACUGCAAGAGAACAUUUAUACUAAUACUUUACUGUGAUGUCCAAACUUUAAGAGAGUAUAUUGAUUUACACCUUGUCUAUUCACAGGGCUCUCUGUGCUGGUUAUAACAAACAAUCUAAAAAACAAUAUAUGUAUGUAUCUAAUUAUUAUUUGCUUUGGCCAAAGCAAGUACGUGAAAUGAUUUUGGGUAUAUGUGCGGCUCUUCGGAAAUAACUAAAAUAUUGAUGUUUACGAGUUCUCGGGGCAACUUGCACCCAGGUUCAACAGUAAUGUUCUUGAAAGAAAUGGUCAGACAUUUGGGGAAAUUAGCGUAUUUGCUGUGUUAACUCAAGAUAAAGAAGAUGAUGAAUGUGUUUUUCAUCUCUGUCAGAGAUAAAGAUCACUCUUAGACAUGCUUAGCUUAGCAAAAAAAAAAAAACUGGAAGAAUUGGGAAACAUUGUCCGUCAAUCCAUGUAUCUUAUUAGCUGGCAACUGAGUUACCAAGAGAUCCUAGAGUGAAACUCAACUUUACUAUGAGGACAGGAUUUGUGAGAGGCUGUGUCUGUACUGCAUGCAGUCAAGAGAAAGCUCCAACAUGAAAGCAAUUUCUUGUUGAGCAGCUUUUUCGUUCAGAUGUUAAAUAUACACACAGAAUAAAUAAGACAACUUCGUCAUUAUUGGAACUACAGGAGCUAGGCAAGCCGUUUCCCCUGCUUACAGUGCUUUGACAUAAGCUAGGCUAAACACGAGGCUAACUCCAGACUGAAUGGACAGAUUAAUUUUAAGUAAUUCUUCUCUAUAUCUAACACUCUAUAAGACAGCAAAAAUGCGGACUUCUUUAAAAGUUAAAACCUGCAGGAUGUAAUAAAAAGCAACAUUCACUAGUCAUUCACUAGUGUGUUCCGUAGUUACUACAUAAUGUAAAGGUACGAUGAAGAAUCACAAAAGAUUAUUUCUUUUCAUGAUACACAACUUACCUAAAGCUGUUUAGUUGUGAUGCAACUCCACCACUUUCAAAAAUACAAAAAAGCGACAUAAUAUUAACAUUAAGAAAGGAAAAAUAUGCUUUAACUUCGCAGUAAACUUGUAAAGAAUCAUUUCUCAGAUUUUCCCAUUCAUGUAAAGGGUUGGCUCUUGAAUUUCUCAGUUAUUUACACAUUUGUCGAACUAACCCAAACUAACCCUUGAUAGUGCAGAGUUACUGUGAGGCGUUGUAGAUGUUCAGCUCUGGUAGGAUUGUGCUUCUGUAUCCAUAGUGUGCCAGCUAUACGCUCUACACCUUAGAGGCUUUAGUGGUGUUGUGCCAAGUUUGUACUGAGUUCAGUGGGUUAUGAGACGUACAAGGAAUGUGUGUGUGUGUGUGAGAGCGCGUGUGAGCUUCAGAUGCAAAAGUUGUUGUAUGUCGUAAAUUUCAAAGUUUACUGUAUCUUGCCUUGCACUUUACGAAGAAGCAAACUUAAUGGUUGAAAAAAGACAUUUGUAAGCAUGUGUGCGCGCGUGUUUCAAGAUUUCGAGUGCUUACGAGUGUUUUUUUUUUAUUUGAUGAAAAAAGAAAUCUUAUUUAUGAUAAAUGUAUACGAACAAAAGUGUGUUGAAAAAUGUAAUAUAUCUAAGCAAAUGUAAAAGAAUGAUAAAUAUUUAGAGCUGUAUACACAAAUGUUUAUCACAUCAGUGGUUGUACAAUUACUCCCACAGCAGCUUAAGAUCUCCCGUUUAAUGCCAAUGUUAUUGCAAGCGAUUUCUGUCAUUCCACUGCCACAGCAAUGCCAUGAAAAUGUCUUUCCAAUGCUACACCAAUUGGUAUUAAAAUAGUAUUCUAAAAAUGUAACUAAGAUUAAAGUUAUUCAAACUUUAAGCCAAAGCUUUUGGAAUUCUCCAGUGUUAUUACAAACUACUGAUGAAUCGUUUACACACACAAAAAUAGAGAUGUCAUGCCUAUGUUUAGCCAAUAUUUGGGUGAACUUUUUGUGUAUCUUAUUAAGAAAGUCUACCUUAUGCUUCAAGUAGCAUUUGUUGCGCUGAAAAUGAAUGCAAAGAUGUGUCCAGUUUUGGGGAGCACACAUUCGCAGAAGCCAUUUUGGGAUAAUAAUAAAAAAAACUAGUUGCCUAUGUUUAAUGGUCUUUUAACCGAUUUGUUUUUUCUUUCAAAUCAUAAUUUGUCACUCAUUGUUAUUAAUUUUUGUGAGUGUUGAUUUUAUUUUCCAACAUUUUUGGACUGAAACUCUUCCAAGGAGUAGCGUGGAGCUGAGAAACUGUAAUGAACCCACAGAUUACAAACAACCCCACCAUGUUUGUGCAACAGCAUUCCAUAGACAACAUUUGUGAACACACCCCCUGAUCUGAACAGCCUGUAUAUUGAACUGUGUGGAUAAUGCUGGAAGCCAGACUAGAUGUUGCACGACCUUGUAGAUUGCGAGGUGUUUUAUUGUGUUAUCGUGUGCUGUGUGUAACAAAGACAAAGUCAGCGCAACCCUUUGGAGAUUAAAUGAACUAUUGAAGUGUGAA